CCCCUGUCACACGAGAAGGUUUAAUGUCAUUUGCACCUAACGACAUUUACGUUUAAUGAGAUUAGUUGGCUGCCACACGGAGAAGUCUAAUGUCAUUAAAAGAAAAUGACUUCAGAAAACGAAUGAGCUCGCUGAACUCAUUUGAAUGCGUUCUCGCCAUGAUUUCGUCGCGAAUGAGUACUCUCGCCGGAGGGGGGCCACGAACAAAUUAUGUAACAAAGGUUAAUAAAUAAUAAAAUGUAUUAAUAUGUUCUUAUUUUAAACUACUGCUUCAUUUUUUUUGAAACAAUUCUACUCGGUCGUUAUGAAAAGUUCGAAUAUCCUCGUUCCCAGCGACAUUGCCACUAGAGCGUCGCCGGCCAUGUGCUCAGUGUUUAUGGUAGCUGUCGGAGACGACUGUGUGUAGUGUAGACCGCGUUGCCUCGUAGCAUCCAUGGCGUCAACGCAGAGGGACAGCGGCACGCAGCCUGCAGCGCCAAAAGAAAGGGUCCGUUGGACUGAAGCGGAAACGUUCACGCUAAUAAGGAUAUGGGAAGAUCAUUUGGGCGACCUGAGGCGCGCUAAACGCAACGCCAAGGUUUACGCCGCAACUGUGGAAGAAUUGCGUGCUGCCGGCAUCGAAAGAACAAUAAAAGAAAUGAAGAGCAAGAUUGAAAAUCUCGCGAACAAGUACAGAGACAUCAACAAAAACAAAAGGACAGGGUCAGGUUGCAUUCGAUGGCCAUUUUAUUGGGCAAUUCACAAGUUCCUUGGUACGCUGCCCAUAAACGAUGCUUCCCUGGUGCAGGAGAGUCGUUGCAACAGUGAUGAGACUGUCGAGCAGAUUAUACGUCGAAUGGAGGUGGGCAGCACAACAGUGCAUGAGGAGGAGCUGUCUGCUGUGGAGAUUGACACAGGCAUGGAGAUGCCACCUUCACCAGCCGGGGAACCUGAUGCCCCAGCACCAACUGAGGCCCCAGCACCAGCUGACGCCCCAGCACCAGCUGAUGCCCCAGCACCAGCUGACGCCCCAGCACCAACAGCACCCAACAACGAGCAAGGCAAACGUGUGCAAGCAGAAAGCUCUGGUUUGAAAAAGAAAAAAACACAGACAGGCCAUGCCGCACUGUUGAAGGACAUAAUUGAGGAACAGCGAAAUAUGCGCUACGCACUAGAGCGGGCGAAGGAACGAGAACAUCAGCUACGGAGGCAGCAACUGCAGCUCCAAGAGGAGGCUGGGAAGCGUGAGGAGCAACUAAUUUCAGUCCUAAAAGAACUCACAAAAAAGCUCUAA